UAUCUAUGCUCAACCACAUCAAGGCCUAAAGGCUGAUAUCAUUCCCGCCUUUCCAGGAAUUAUUGACUAUUGCAGACUAGUACAAUUGCCAUGACCCGCCAUCAUGAUCCCUUUACCAAUUCAGCCAGAGUAGAUUCAUCCUUCACUCCAUCAGUCAACCCUAAUACACCUUACCCACAGUCGGACCAGUAUCAGUCCUACUAUCCACCUCAACUAACCCAUUAUCAAGGACAGCAGGGCUAUCAGUACGAUCAUACAGGAGACGUAGGAUACGGCGGUCGUAGUCGGCGACAUGGAUCGUGGGCCGCCGUCAAUAACGAAGACAAUGAAGAGUUAACGCCGUUGACAACUGGGCCUGCUUCCUCAUCAACAUUCCUUACGACCGAUCCAUACUUGAGUGGCGGACCCGACCUUCCCCUCGCAUCUUCUGCCUCAAUUUCCAGCGCAGGAGCCGAUUUCUUGACAAGGCAGACUGCUCCUCGUCGCGGCGCAACCACUAAAAGGAUCAAAUUAACGAAUGGCAAUUUCAUUGCCGACUACGCUGUGCCAGGACCUGUUUCGAGCUCUGUAGAAGCCAAAUGGCUCAUUGACAAGGCGUCGAACGAGUUCUCGCAUAUGCGAUACACGGCUGCGACAUGCGAUCCCGAUGAUUUCACUCCUGAGAAUGGGUGGAAGCUAAAAACAACUUCCUACAACCGAGAAACUGAACUUCUCAUUGCUAUCACGAGCUACAAUGAGGAUAAAAUAUUAUAUGCCAGGACUCUGCAUAAUGUCAUGCUUAAUAUUCGUGACAUCUGCAAUACCAAAGCAUCUAAAUUCUGGCGCCGCUCAGCCGAAGAAGGCCGUCCAGGCUGGCAGAAAAUUGUGGUUGCUCUGGUGGCUGAUGGUUUAGAUCCAAUGGAUAAACAAGUGUUAGACGUACUGCAGACUAUCGGUGUAUUCCAAGACGGUAUCCUCAAGAAAGAAGUUGAUGGGAAAAAGACAGCAGCUCAUAUAUUCGAAUAUACAACUCAGCUAUCUAUAGAUGCCACCCCUCAGUUAGUCCAGCCGCAUCCUGGAGAACCCAAUAAUCUUGUACCAGUGCAAAUAAUCUUUGUUUUGAAACAAGAGAACUCAAAGAAAAUUAACUCCCAUCGCUGGCUGUUCAAUGCUCUAGGGAGGCAACUUCAGCCAGAGAUUUGUGUGCUGCUGGACGCGGGAACAAAGCCCGGCCAUAAGGCAAUCUAUCAUCGCGGUGCUUGUGGAGAAAUCCAUGCUAUGAUCAAGAAAGGAGUCAAGCUUUUCAAUCCUUUGGUGGCAGCUCAAAAUUUCGAAUAUAAGAUGUCAAACAUCUUGGAUAAGCCACUGGAAAGCAGCUUCGGAUACGUGAGCGUUCUACCAGGUGCUUUCAGUGCCUAUCGUUAUAAAGCAAUCCAAGGCCGCCCUUUAACCCAGUACUUCCAUGGUGAUGCAACUUUGGCGGCGAGGCUGGGCAAGAAAGGAAUAUAUGGCAUGGGCAUUUUUACUAAAAACAUGUUCUUGGCAGAAGACCGUAUUCUUUGUUUUGAGCUUGUCGCGAAGAAAGGUGAAAAAUGGGUUCUACAAUACGUCAAACCUAGCAAGGCGGAAACGGACGUCCCGGAGCAAGCAGCUGAACUUAUUAGCCAGAGAAGAAGAUGGUUGAAUGGCUCUUUUGCCGCCUCAGUCUAUUCUGUUUUCCAUUUUUUUAGACUAUAUCGAAGUGGUCAUGGCCCUAUCAGGAUGCUUUUUUUACAUAUACAGGCAAUUUAUAAUGUCUUCAGUCUCAUUUUCUCCUGGUUCGCUCUCGCCAAUCUUUGGCUCACAUUCUCAAUUAUCAUCGAACUGCUUCCUGAGAGUGCCAAUAUCAAUUUAUUCGGUACGGCUGACGUUACCCACUGGAUCAAUCUUGUGUUCACAUGGGUAUAUUUGGCCUUUUUAAUGUUGCAACUCGUCCUGGCUUUGGGCAACCGACCCAAAGGAGAGAAAGGGCUAUACAUUCUCACUCUUUGGGUUUACGCCUUCUUAUCUCUCUAUCUGAUCAUUUGCUCUAUCAUCUUAUCUGUCGUUGCCUUCAAAGGGGCCUUGAGAGACGGAGGAAGUAUAGAUGCUAAGCUCGGUAAUCUUUUCAAUUCCACGAACGGGGUCUUGGUGGCAGCCAUCAUGUCCACUAUUGGUAUCUACCUCAUUGCAUCAUUCCUUUAUAGGGACCCCUGGCACAUGUUUAGUUCUUUCCCGCAAUAUAUGCUUCUUGCUCCUUCAUUUACCAACAUCCUGAAUGUCUAUGCAUUUUGCAACCUGCAUGAUGUUUCUUGGGGUACCAAGGGCUCAGACAGAGCAGAGGCUUUACCAGCGAUCUCGUCAAGCAAGGAGAAGGAUGGAGAAACGGCCGUAGUAGAGGAACAACAAAGAAGUCAAGGCGAACUGGAUGAGUCAUUUAAGCAAGUUGUACAACGUGCAGUUGCACCAUACAAGCCUGAAGAAGCCGAUGAGAAACCCAACCUUGAUGAUCAAAAUCGAACUUUCAGAACCCGCCUUGUAGUGGUGUGGUUGCUUUCUAACGCUGCACUUGCUAUCUCCAUACAAACCCUCAAUGGUCUCGAUACAACUAAGCAGCUCGUAGAAGCUUGCCUCCCCAGCUCAUACAAUCCUGACAACGGAACAGUAAUUGUGUCCACCAAUGGUACCUGUAUUACUCAGGCUCUGGAGCAUGAUGGCGACAAAUUACAAGACAAGCAGCAAAUUUACUUUCAAGCGAUUUUAUGGGCGACAUUCGCGCUGUCAAUGGUCAGGUUCAUCGGAUGUGUGUUUUACUGGGCUAUGAGACAAAUGGGUAGAUGCUGGAGACGUAACUGAGCGGGAUGUAAAGUCAAGAUAUCCAUCCUUAUUUUCGCACGCGACUUCGCCUGAAUGAAAUCCAUUGAUCGAGUGAAGAAGUGAUUUCAUUUAGCUGUAGAUAUGACUGAUAGCGACGUCCAUUAGGAGAGCAUGGAUGGUUAUGCAUGAUUAUGCGUGGGGACGUCUGGACAUGAAUUAUUCCAUU